AUGAGGUCGAUUUUCGCCUUAUUGCUGGCCGCGGCGUCGGUAGCCUGGGCAGCAUACUGGAUGGAAGACAUCCACCGCCAGGGAAUCGCGCCGUUUAACCCAUCGCGUGACUACAAGAUCUUUAGAAACGUAAAGGAUUAUGGAGCCAAGGGAGAUGGAGUUACCGACGACACCGCUGCGAUCAACGCGGCGAUCAGCAGCGGCAAUCGUUGCGGGGGCCCGAGUUGCGCGGCCUCAACUACUACUCCAGCCAUUGUCUAUUUCCCCGCCGGAACCUAUAUCAUCUCGACGCCUAUUGUAGGCUACUACUACACUCAGUUCAUCGGUGAUCCAACCAGUCUACCCGCGAUCAAGGCGUCCUCGGACUUUCCCACGCAGGCCAUCGCCAUGCUGGACGCCGAUCCCUACAUGGAUAGCGGAAAACUCAACUUCCAAGCCACAAAUGUCUUCUUCCGGCAAAUUCGCAACCUCGUGUUUGACACUACCUCGGUCCGCGGAACCAUCACCGGACUUCACUGGCCAUCUUCUCAAGCUACCUUGGUCCAAAACUGUGUCUUCAAACUGUCUUCCCUCGAGGACGACACCCACAUUGGCAUCUUCAUGGAGGAAGGGAGCGGUGGCACCAUGACAGACCUGGUAUUCUACGGGGGCAAGUACGGCGCCCGCUUCGGGAACCAACAGUAUACGAUGCGUAACCUCACCUUUUACGGAUCCGACACUGCCAUCGAUCAAAUAUGGAACUGGGGGUGGACGUACAAGUCUAUCAAGAUCGUCGGCUCCCGUGUUGGGAUCAACAUGUCCUCCUCUGACGUUGGUUCUGUGAUCCUUCUCGACAGCUCGUUUGAAGACGUCGGCACUGCGAUGAUUUCGGGCCGGAACCCCGGGAACACGACUGGCCUGGGAUCUAUGGUACUCCAGAACGUCGAAUACAAGAAUGUACCGACCGUCCUGGCCGGGGCAAAUGGGGAACCGCUUCUCUUGGGCGAGCCAGCUGGAACGGUGUACGACCAGGGCUAUGCCAGAGGCAAUACAUAUGCUCCGAAAGGCCCUUUUCUGUUGGAGGGUCGGGAGUUUGCCUUUUCCCAGCCGUCGACCUUGAAACUUGGAGAUCGUUAUUAUGAGCGAUCGAAGCCCAAUUACGAGGAGUAUCCAGCUUCAAGCUUCCUUUCUGCUCGAGAUCAUCAUGCAGCAGGCGAUGGGUCCACUGACGACACUUCCGCUCUCAACGCACUCCUCCAGGCGGCGGCAGAUUCGUCUUCGAUUGUGUUUUUGGACGCCGGGUACUACCGGGUCACAGACACCAUCUUUGUCCCACCGAACACCCGUGUCAUCGGUGAAGGCUUGGCAAGCGUCAUUCUGGGUGCUGGCGAGAAGUUCUCUGACCCUAACGAUCCUCGGCCCGUCUUACAAGUUGGGAACCCCGGGGAUGUUGGCUCUGUCGAGAUGAGCGACCUCAUUGUCUCUACUCAGGGCCCGACUGCGGGAGCUAUCAUGAUUCAAUACAACCUCAACACACCGGCCGCGGAGACCACAUGCACCCCUGGGGAUACCCCGUCGGGUUUGUGGGACGUCCAUGUUCGUGUCGGCGGUUUCACCGGAUCACAGCUUCAAGUUGCCGAGUGUCCUACCACGCCGGACCAACCGAAUUACGUCAACCCCUCGUGCGUCGCCGGAUACAUGGGCAUGCACAUCACCCCCUCCGCGCGGAACCUGUACAUGGAGAACAAUUGGAUUUGGGUGGCUGACCACGAUAUCGAUGACUGGAACUCGACGCGGAUCAGCGUCUUUGUUGCCCGCGGACUGCUGGUCGAAGGCAACCGCGUCUGGAUUGUCGGAAGUUCGGUCGAGCACUACACGCUGUACCAGUACCAGCUUCUCAAUGCAUCCGACAUCUGGAUGGGCCAGAUUCAAACCGAAACACCGUACUACCAGCCCAACCCGCCGGCACCUUACCCCUUCGCCCAACCCAACCUCAAAAUCCACGACCCCGUUUUUACCAAUGAGUGCCAGACUGAACGCCCCGGCUCUCCAGUCUUGGCCGGCAAUCCGCCCUGUGCCAUGGCCUGGGGCUUGCGUAUCAUCAACUCGCAGAACGUCGUGGUUUUUGGUGCCGGGCUGUACAGCUUCUUCAACAAUUACAAUACAAGCUGUAGCACGGUCAAGUCCGGCGAGAAUUGCCAGGCGCGCAUCUUUUGGACCGGGGAAAGCCAAGCGGACGGCGCCUACGGCAGCGGGGUUGGAGGUGGCGGCGCAGAGGGCGAGGUGUUGUCGGUUGAGAUGUACAAUCUCAACACUAUUGGUACCGUCAGCAUGAUUACCAGUGAAGGGAUGGAUGUUGCGACGUGGGACCAGAACCGGGCGACGUUUGCGAGCACGCUGGCGGCGUUUCGGUCGGAUACCGGUAAGAAGGUGGUGGUUUGA